CUUGAUAUAUUUUGGAUAUCACAAGGACAAAACUAACAAUGAGCCCAAACAAAACAAAACAGAAACAACUCCACCGCACCAGCAAUUAGUUGUUGGCUUAUCUGCAAAGAAAUAUCUUCUUUUUUGCUUCUGAAAUAGAGGAGGAAACAUCAUUGCCAACUCCUAUGCCUCAAAUAUACCAAUAUGAAAGACUAUUCAUCUGUUCCAAUGCAGGGGUCUGGCAAGAUUAUCAGAAGAUCAAUCUUUAUCUUUCUGCAGAAUUACCAGUUUUACACUACAAUAGCAGCAGUCCUCGCGUUCCCUUUUGCUGCCUCGGUUCUUCUGCUACAAGCAUUCGUCCCCUCUACAUGUUUCCUCCGAGCAAUCCACGAUCACCUGCAUUCUCUAUUUGAUGCAGCGGGAUUACCAUCCUCUUCAAAACUCUUCACCCUUUUGAAUUCCAAGCUUUCUCAGACCUAUGCAAUCUCUUUUCUUGCAUUUCCUUUCACCCUUACCUCUCUUCUUUUCGCAAAGGCAUCCGUGAUUGAAGCUCUCAGCGAUCAGAAAUCAUCCAAGAAACCUGCAUUUUUUUCUUUUUGUUCACUCUACAGUUCCCUUCUUCUCACUCAACUUUGCAACUCAAUAGUCAUCAUCUUAGCAAAUGCAACUUGUUUUACUCUCCUAUUUUUGGCCUUCAAUAUUUUUAAUUACGGAUUUAACCUUUCAUCUCCAAGCCCCAUCCUCUUUAUUUCAGCAACAGGAGCAAUAAUUUGUUUUAUCAUUUCAGCCAGCACUUUGAUCAUCUGCAACUUGGCACUGGUAUUAUCAGGACUGGGGAACAUAGGAGGGUAUAUGUCAAUUCUCAAGGCUUGUUUUUUAAUCAAAGGGAAAAAUGCAACAGCAUUAUCGUUAGCCGUGAUUUUCAACUUGGCCUUUGCUGCAGUUGAAGUUCUAUACCAAUUCAGAGUUGUCAAAGCUUAUCAUCAUAAAAGAACAGGCUUUUCUGCUAUUGCUUUGGAAGGAAUGUUCAUUGCUUAUUUGUAUGCCAUUCUUCUGGUUCUUGAUACCAUUUCUAGCUGUCUUUUCUUCGAAUGCUGUAAAUUGAGCUGCCAGAUGGAUGAAGAAGGGUGUUUUCCUUAUCAAAUUGAGAUUGAAGACAGAGAUCACCACACAGUACUGUUGAUAAAGAACUUAGAGGAGCUUUCUUGAGUUUACUGAGUAGUUCAACUGAUUCUGUAUCAUGUAUUAUUCAUUUGUCAUAUGAAUUCGUCCAAAUAUAGGUU